AUGUCUCAAGACGCCUGCACUCUCAAUGCUGAUAGCUCCCUCAAGGAUGCUUCUGAUAUCAAGUUCUACAAUGAUCCUGAUGAUGAUGUCCUGUUGCCACCGGUCCCAUCAACGGAAUCCAUGAGAAAUGCCUUCUCCAUUCUACUCAAUGCUGGACACACCCCAGCAACUGUUGCAGCUGGUUCUUGGCGCUCUGGCUGCCCUUCAAAGCCCUCAGCUCGCGUUCGUGAUGCUGACAAUGCCUAUAUAUCUCCUCUCAACUCUGACAACGAUGAAGAUAUCCCUGCUUCUGCUCCUGAUCCAGGAGAAUCAUCCUCCAAUGAGAUGAUUCCCCAACCAGAUGACGAUGAGACUGAUGACAAGUCUGAGAAUGAAGGCGCCACUCAGAGUGUACAUACCACUCUUGACCAUUGUUCUUCCUGCGCUGACACUUGGAUUUAG